AUGGCAGAUGUGAGUGCUUCUGGCAGCACCACCCAUGAGCAAGUCCAAGCGGUUACAACCUUAAGGAGUGGAAGGACAGUCGAUAAUCAGGUUAGGCAGAAGGACACUGAAGAAGAUGAAUCCCGAUCAAAUCCAAAGAUACCCUUUGAGAAUCCAAAAGAUAAGUUGAAAACCACUCCCGAGAUACCUUAUGAGCCUAGAGCUCCAUUCCCUGAACGUCUCAAGGAGCCUCCUAGUGUUGUGAAGCAAGGAGAAAGAUAUCAAGAAAUUAUGGAUGUUUUUAAAAAGGAUCCGGGUGCUCCCACUAUUUCUUGUGUUAUUGGAGACUAUACCAUUGACAAGGCACUCAUUGAUUUAGGCGCAAGUGUUAAUUUGUUAUCUUACUCGGUCUAUGAGCAAUUAGGACUAGGAGAGUUGAAGCUAACGACGGUUGUCUUACAACUUGCAGACAGAUCUGUAAAGAAACCUCGUGGUAUAAUUGAAGAUGUACUCAUUAGAGUGGAUAGGUUUUACUUCCCAGCAGACUUCAUUGUUCUUGAUACAGAACCUGUCCCAGACCCCGCAAGGCUUAUCCCAGUCAUCCUUGGACUCCAUUUCUUAGCUACGGCUAAUGCAUGCAUAAAUUGCAAGACCGGAGAGAUGGAUAUAACCUUUGGGAACAUGAAAGUAAAGCUGAACAUUUUCAAGGCUUUUCAUAAUUCGUCGGAUACUAAUGAGUGUUUCUUAUUAGACAUGAUUGAAGACACACUCCCCCACCUUUUGAUUAAAGAUCCAUUGGAGGCUUGCUUGUCUCACUUUGAUAUUGAGCAUUAUGUUGGCGAAGCCAAUUCAUUACUUGACACUGCGGCUGCAAUAGACUUUCCUCAUUGGAAAGUACCAAAUGAGCCAUUACCUAGCACGUCAGGCAUCCCUCCUAUUCAUUCUCUAAUCUCCCCACCAAAACUUUAG